AUGGGUGAAGCGGUCUCAAAAUUUAUAAUAUACGAUCGCCUUCCUUUUCGAUUAGCAAGCUCGCCUUGGUUGUAUAACUUAAUUCAAGUAGCAAUAGAAGUUGGAAAAGGUGUAAAGCUCCCAACACCUUAUGAGAUUUCAUAUGUGUAUUUGACAUCGGAGUAUGAACAAGUUCGUGAAUGGGUAAAUGAACUGAAGACGCAUUGGAAACAACUGGGUGCAACUCUGAUGUGUGAUGGUUGGACCAAUAGUUUAAAUCAAAUGCACAUCAUCAACUUCCUUGUUUAUUGUAGUAAAGGAACUAUAUUUUGGAAAUCUGUGGAUGUCUCGAGCGUUCGUAGUAGAUAUGUUGAAUUCUACUAUAAUUUGUUAGACAAAGUUGUUGAAGAAAUUGGGGAAGAAUAUAUUAUCCAAAUAGUGACCGACAAUGAGGCAGCAAUGAAAGCCGCUGGGAAAAGAUUAAUGUUGAAAAGAAACCAUCUUUAUUGGACCUCAUGUGCAACUCACUGCUUAGAUUUAUGUCUUGAGGAUAUUGGAAAAAAGUCUAAUGUAGCAAAAGUGUUAGAGGAAGCGAAGAAACUUGAGGAGAUAACAAUGCAAAAACAAGGUUUGAGAGAGAUGUUUAAGUCAAAGGAAUUCAGAGAAUCAAAAUGGGGACAACAGAAAUCAGGGCCUGCUUAUGAAGCCAAAAAAAUUGUUUUGGGAAAAGAUUUUUGGAAAAAAGCCGUUGAUAUCAUAAAAGUUUACAAACCCCUAGUCAAAGUGCUAAGACUUGUUGACGGUGAUGAAAAACCAACAAUUGGUUUUAUUUAUGAGGCCAUUGAUAGAGCUAAACGAGCAAUUAAGGAAAAUUGUCGAUAUUCCAUCGAGUAUGAAAAAAUUAUUGAUAAUAGAUGGAAUUUUAUGUAUUCCGACUUGCAUUCAGCUGCUGAGUGGUGGAUGAUAUAUGGCACAUGUACUCCUGAAUUACAACGAUUAGCAAUUAAAGUGCUUAGUCAAACAACUUCUGCAUCAAAUUGUGAACGAAAUUGGAUCACAUUCAGCUAUAUUCACACCAAAGCAAGAAACAGGUUGAAGUACAAAAAACUUGAGAAACUAGUAUUUACCUAUUAUAAUAUGAGACUUAAAAUGAGGCAUCAAAAAAGAAUGAGAAUUGAUGAUAUAAACGCUAGUUACAAUCCUAUCAGCAUUGAUAAUAUCUUUGAAGAUGUUGAUUCACUAUCAGAAUGGCUUCAAGAGAAAGAGAAUCCAUUAUUAGAUGGUGAAAAUGCUGGUGUGUUGCCUGUGGAUACCUCAGAUGAUGAAAUGAAUGUUGAUGAUCAAUCUCAACAACAAAAUUUAUCUCAUUCAAGCUCUAGUGCAACACCAAGUCAAAGUGGUGAUGGGCCCGAUGGGGGUGGUUUAAGUCCAAUUGAUGACGAUGAUAGACAGAGCGGUGAUGGAGUUGAAUUUAGAUCUUCUGAUUGGUAUGGAGAAGAAUAUGUUUAUACAGGUCGUGGACAUUUCUGUGCUUCAUCUAGUAGAGAAAGAAAUGAACCAAGAGCUCGAUCAAAAGGGAAAGGGAAAGACACCAGAAAACAUACUUCUGAAGGUUCUUCUUCCGGUAGAAGAUCGACUCCUAGUAACCUGAGACAAUCUUCAUAUUUUCAACCUCCACAUGGUUUUUAUCCACAAUUUCCUAAUUAUGGUGUGCCAUAUCAACCUCAAAUGUACCCUCCGCCACUAAUGUAUCACCCACCUCCACCUCACAUGUAUCCUCCUCCUCAAGUAUAUCCUCCAUCUCAAUUAUUUGAAAAUCAAGGUGAAAUUGUUACAUUUUUUGGAUAUAUUUUUGGACAAAGACCACAUAGAUCAAGUGGAGAUCACUCUCAAAGUGAAGGUGAAGGAUCUGAUCUUCCUCGUUAUUCCACUAAUUGGUGA